AUGGCUGCCCAGCGAGCUCUUCACCCGUCGCUCGACACGGUCCGCUCCAUCGUCGACCGCCCCCACGCCGGGCCUGGCAAGAAGCCGACCCUCGUCCCCGUCUACCGCCAGAUCUCGUCCGACCUCAUCACCCCAUCCGCCGCCUACCUCAAGAUCUCGGCCCACUCCUCUUCCGACUUCUCCUUCCUCUUCGAGUCGGCCGCCACCGAGCAGGUCGGCCGCUACAGCUUCGUCGGCGCUGGCCCGCGCAAGGUCCUCACCACAGGACCUGGCCACGGCCCGGCGACGGACCCCCUGCCCGCUCUCGAGGAGGAGCUCGCCCGCCAUGUCGUCGCCCAUGUGCCCGACCUGCAGCUCCCGCCGCUGACGGGCGGCGCCAUCGGCUACGUCGGCUACGACUGCGUCCGCUACUUCGAGCCCAAGACGGCGCGCCCCAUGAAGGACGUGCUCGAGAUCCCCGAGUCGCUCUUCAUGCUCUUCGACACCAUUGUCGCCUUUGAUCGCUUCUUUGGCGUCAUCAAGGUCAUCAGCUAUGUCAACGUCCCCGAGCACGGCUCCUCCACGACCCUCGACGAGGCCUACGAAAAGGCCCGCGCCACCGUCGACGAGCUCGUCGAGGUGCUCAACUCCCCGGACAUUGAGAUCCCCGAGCAGGCCCCCAUAGUCCUCGGCCAGGAGGCCAAGUCCAACAUUGGCCGCGAGGGCUACGAGGCGCACGUCACCAAGCUCAAGGAGCACAUCGUCAGGGGCGACAUCUUCCAGGCCGUCCCGUCGCAGCGGUUCGCCCGGCCCACGAGCCUGCACCCCUUCAACAUAUACAGACACCUGCGGACCGUCAACCCGUCCCCGUACCUGUUCUACGUCGACUGCAAGGACUUUCAGAUCGUCGGCGCCUCCCCGGAGCUGCUCGUCAAGAGUGAGGCCGGCAGGAUAAUUACCCACCCCAUUGCGGGCACCGUCAAGCGCGGCAAGACGCCCGAGGAGGACCAGAAGCUCGCCGACGAGCUGAGCAGUUCGCUCAAGGACCGCGCCGAGCACGUCAUGCUGGUGGACCUAGCCCGCAACGACAUCAACCGCGUUGGCGACCCCUUCACAGUUCGUGUCGACCGCUUGAUGGUUGUUGAGAAGUUCAGCCACGUCCAGCACCUCGUCUCGCAAGUCUCAGGCGUCCUGCGGCCGGACAAGACGAGAUUCGACGCCUUCCGUUCCGUCUUCCCUGCCGGCACGGUCUCAGGAGCCCCCAAGGUUCGGGCGAUGGAGCUCAUCGCCGAGCUGGAGAAGGAGAAGCGCGGAAUAUACGCCGGUGCGGUUGGGUACUUUGGCUACGGCAGCGAGGACGAGAAGGGCAACCCGGUAGAAGGCGCCAUGGACACUUGCAUUGCGCUGCGCACGAUGAUGACCAAGGAUGGCGUGGCGUAUCUCCAAGCAGGUGGAGGCAUCGUCUUCGAUUCGGACGAGUACGAUGAGUGGAUGGAGACCCUCAACAAGCUGGGGGCCAAUAUGUCGUGCAUCAAGUCAGCCGAGGAACUAUACCACCAGCAGCAACAGCAGGAGGCUGCCAAGGCCGCCGCGAGGUGA